AUGAGAAGGUCAAUUGAUUGGCCAAGAAGAAAGAAGAUAUGCCCUCUCUCAAUCGAUGGAGUAAGGCGAAAAGGACAGCCUACUCGCUAUAAGUGUCGACUGAAUUGGGUUCUCCAAAUUGUUUUUCUGGAUAGAAUGGCAACUGAGAACCCUAUGAGAAUUCUGGAAAGCAGUCAAGCUCGAAAGUGGGCAUCUUCCAAGGAUGCUGCAUCCAACAUAGCCAUUGACGAACUGGGAUUGCUUCUUAAAGGACACAACACCCGUGGAGAUCAAAGUAACACGGUUUUCAGCCGGAGUGAUAGUGCACCUCCAAGUAUAGAAGGUUCUAUUGCAGCUUCUGGUAACCUUAUAAAUCGACAGAACUCCGGUUCGAAUUCAAGUUUGGCAACUUUAAGCAGCGCGUUAGAAAAAUUUCAAUCCGAGGAGCAACUGCGUACCAAUCCAUAUUAUGCAUACUAUUCCUCAAAUCAGAGCCUUCCCCCACCUAUUAUCUCAAGGGAGAAUAGACAUCAGACUUCCGGCAGUAAUUGGAGAUUAUCAUCUCCAGACAGCGGCAACCUAUCCUUUCACGUGCCAAGAAGUUCUCUUCCAAUUCAUGAGGAGGAGCCUGAAGAUGCUAGUUCAUCCAAGAAAGCGUCUGGUGACUGGGUAGAAAGUAGUAGUUGUAUGAUGCCUGGACACAACAGAGUGUCUUUCACUGGUCGCAAUAAAAGUUUAGUCAAUCUAAUACAGGAGGAUUUCCCUCGUAUACCUUCACCAGUAUAUAAUCACUCUCAUUCCUCAACUCAUGUUAUGACUGAAGAAGUAGCUGACGAUGAUGUUGAAACCAUUUCGUUUGAAAAUCUCUCUUUCAAUGCAUCAAAAUUGCCUGAAUCAAAGUCAGCACCAGAUUUUCGUAGUGAAAUAGCAAUUGCCUCUGGUUCAACAGCCAGUAAAGAUCCUUCUGCCGAUUCUAUUCCCAAACUGGAUGCUCUGGCGUCACCUUCUGCUCAUGAGGAUGGUGUAACUGGUAAUAAUAUAGGCUCUGGGAAUGUUUUUAUUAAAGUGGAGCAGAGCAGAUAUAAACCAGAGGAAGUAUUUUAUGAAAAGAAUGUACAGAAGCAGCCGAAUACUUACCUUCAACAGCGUAAUGGAUCCAGUCGAGGAGCAAACAAUGUGCAAACUGACAUGGAAAAAGUCUCUCAUGGACAUGUCCAAUUUUCUUCAGCCGAAAUGCCACUUCUACACACUCCUGGACCCACAUCCCCUUUAUAUGCAACAGCUGCAGCGUCUAUGGGUCCUGGAAACCCAUUUUAUCCAAAUCUAAAUCCAUCUGGCUUAUAUGCUCCACAGUACAGUGCAUAUGCUUUGGGUUCUGCAUUUCUUCCCCCAUUUGUAGCUGGAUAUCCAACUCAUUCUGGGUUACCUAUGCAUUUUAAUGCCAGUUCUGGACAAAGUUAUGGCAGUCAAAAUUCUGUUGUCCUAACAGGGGAAAGCAUCCCGAAAGGUAGCAAUACACAGAAUAUUGACAAGUUUUAUGGACAUGGACUAAUGAUUCGCCCAUCCUUCCCAAGUCCUCUUCCAAUGCAGUACUUUCAGCAUCCUCUGGGAGAUGCAUAUGGUGCUCCAGGGCAAUUUGGUCAUCUACCUUCGCUAGGCUUGAUUCGUGGCCAAGCUGAUUCUUUUGCUUCACUGAAAGAUCCUGCUAUUGCUUCUUAUGUUUCUGACCAGAAUUUCCUGUCAAAACAAAAUGCGAGUCUCAGUUUUCCAAGUCCAAGAAACAUAGGGGUAGCUGGUAGCAGUUACUUUGGAGGUCCAACGGGCCUCGGAUUUAUGCCACAAUUUCCAGCAUCACCUGUAGGUAGUCCAGUGCUGCCAGGAUCUCCAGUUGGAGGGGCUAAUUUUUCCGGAAGGAAAAAUGAUAAUGGAUUUUUUCAAGGUUCUGUGAGAAAUAGUGGUGGUUAUGCAGGAUGGAUAGGGCAAAAACGGUCUGACGGCUUCAAUAGCCCUAGGAAGCAUUCUUUUCUUGAGGAACUUAAAGCAGGCAGUGCACGAAGAAUUGAACUCUCUGAGAUCAACGGGUGUAUCGUUGAAUUCAGUGUUGAUCAACACGGGAGUCGAUUUAUACAACAGAAGAUGGAAAGCUGUAAUGUUGAAGAGAUGGAGUCUGUUUUCAGAGAAAUUCUUCCUCAUGCUUCAAAAUUAAUUACAGAUGUUUUUGGGAACUAUGUCAUUCAGAAGUUCUUUGAAUACGGGACCUGUGAGCAGAGGAGAGAUCUGGCAAAUCAACUAUCAGGGAAGAUAUUACCCUUGAGUUUUCAAAUGUAUGGUUGUCGUGUUAUUCAAAAGGCAUUGGAAGUUAUUGAACUUGACCAAAAGAUAGAACUUGUUCAUGAACUCGAUGAGCAUGUCAUGCGGUGUGUACGUGAUCAAAAUGGAAAUCACGUUAUACAAAAAUGUAUUGAAUGUAUACCUACAGAGAAAAUUGGUUUUAUCAUCACUGCAUUUCGAGGCGAAAUAGCUACUCUAUCUACUCAUCCCUAUGGGUGCCGUGUUAUUCAGAGAGUCUUGGAGCAUUGCCCAAACGAUUUUCAAAGUCAAUUUAUAAUUGAUGAGAUUUUGGAAUCAGCUUAUGACCUUGCUCAAGAUCAGUAUGGGAAUUAUGUCAUACAGCAUGUUUUAGAGAGGCGAAAAUCUUAUGAAAGAAGUCACAUUAUUAGCAAGUUGUCUGGAAGAAUCGUACAAAUGAGUCAGCACAAAUAUGCGUCAAAUGUUGUUGAGAAGUGCUUAGAGUUCGGUGAUGCUACGGAAAGGGAGCUCUUGAUUAAAGAGAUUCUGGCACUGUCGGGAGAUAAUGACAAUAUGCUCACAAUGAUGAAGGACCAAUACGCAAACUACGUGGUCCAGAAGAUUCUCGAAAUUAGCAAUGAUAAACAACGUGAAUCAUUACUUGACCGAAUCAGGGUUCAUCGUCUUGCUUUGAAGAAAUACACCUACGGAAAACAUAUAGUUGCUCGGUUUGAAGAAUUGUAUGGUGAAGAAAGUCGAGUAUCUGAACCAUAA